UGAAAAUUUCUGUCUUCACCUUUAGUCGGUUCACUUGGAUUGUUGCAGACAGGUGAGAAUCGGAAGAGUGAAUAAAUCUUGUGUGAUUUUCGAAAAAAGUGGUAAUGGUCGAAAACCGAUGUCGCCAUAUUAGAAAACUCUGCUAUUUUUCGAAAUUGGGUCUGAAAUUAUUAAAGUUAGGACUGUACGCGAUAGUGCCGUUUCGACUCUUUCCGGUGAACCGAUUUUUAGCUAAGACGAUUUUGGGGGUGUGAAAAUUGCACUUGUGAAGAAUUUGUUCAGUGGUGUUCAAAACAUCUUUCUCAUUUAUUUGAAAUAUCUGAUAUUGACUAUUGUUCUGACUUUAGUGACCUACUUGUACAUGGUUUAUUUCACGAGGGACAAUAUCGAAAUAUAAUAAAAUUAAUAAGUGCUAAAGUGUAUGGUGAAAUGCGUUAAAUUUUCAAAUUAAUUCAUUGGAAAACAGUUGUUCUAGUUAAACACAGGAGAAUGAAAAGGCCGCCUGGGCUUUGGAUUCUACUGUCAGCAGGUGUUCUUUGGCUGAGUCUACAAGAUGUUUACGGAAUCAGAGCCACAGCGCUUAUUUUUGGCAAAUCGACUACAACCACAACAGAAGGAACUCCGGAAGCUGAAACUUCUCCAGAUGAGAGUGCAACUGAAGCAAGCACUGAGAGUUCAAACUCGAACGUGACCAAACCCACUCUUACGGGAAUACCCCAAGUGGACUACAUUUGGGACCCAAAUUUGCCCAAAGAACUGAACGGAUACAACCUCUCCGAAUACCCCUUCUACGAAAGAGUGCCCGAAGACAUCGAUUUUAAGUGCGAUGGUCUCCACGAUGGGUUCUAUGCCAGCGUGCCCCACAAAUGUCAGGUCUACCACCACUGUCUUUUCGGAACAAGAUACGACUUUUUAUGUGCAAAUUAUACCGCUUUUGACCAGAAAACCUUUAUAUGCCAUUUCGUGUCCGAGGUGGAUUGCGUCAAUUCCAAGAAAUAUUGGCACAGGAAUGAUGCUCUAUAUAAAGCAGCCACAACCACAACUCCGAAGCCUUUGGUAGUUUACACACCGCCGCCACAGCCGCCCCCUGCGGCGGUGAGUCCACGGAGGCCAGGAGGGCGACGAAGACCUAUGCGAAGAAGACGGCCACAGUACGAUUAUUACGACUAUGCCGAUGAUUAUGAAGAUUAUUACGAAGAAAGGCCACCAAGGUCGGAAGCGAGGAGAAGAAAGAGGCCACGACCGAGACCUAGACCAGUUUAUGAGGAUGACUAUGAAGAAUAUGAAGAUGAUAGAUAUGAAAGAAGAGGGCCCGGGAGGCGACGAGCUGGGGACAGACGAAGAAAUAAUAAUAAUAAAGAUAGAAGAAAGUAUGAUGAUGAAGACGAAGAAGAUGAUAAAUUAGAAGACGAUAGAAAAAUGGACGAUAAAAGAACAAAUGAUAGGAGACAUAAUAAUAAAGAUAGAAGAAAGUAUGAUGAUGAAGACAAACACGAAGAAGAUGAUAAAUUAGAAGACGAUAGAAAAAUGGAGGAUAAAAGAACAAGUGAUAGGAGACAUAAUAAUAAAGAUAGAAGAAAGUAUGAUGAUGAAGACAAACACGAAGAAGAUGAUAAAUUAGAAAACGAUAGAAAAACAGAAAAUAAAAGAACAAGUGAUAGGAGACAUCAUAAGAGACGGCCAACACAUGACUACCAGGAAGAAGAGGAGGAAGAUAGGAGAAGAAGUCGUCCUAAAGGUGGCUCACGAAGACCAGUUGAAGAUGAUUACGAAGAAGAAGAAGUAAAUGAUAAACCCUCAACACUUGAAAAUGUAGGUGAUAAACCAUUGAUAAAACCAACAAGUGGUAGUUCGAUUUAUGAUAGACCUAGAGCUGCCCCAAAAAUUAAACCACCAGUCCCCAAGAAUGAAGCAAGCAAAUACGCUUAUAAACCGGCAGUGACUAAAGCACCUCCAUUUGAAGAUGAAGAAUACUACGACGAUUAUGAAGAAACCAUUCCUAAAACACACCGAAAAAAUGAACGACAUACAACCACACGUGAAGUGGAGAGUGAACGAAAACCAUUUUCUUCAUCUUCAAGAUUACGAGCAUCUCAGUCAUCCCGCGAUGAUGUGAGUUAUGAAGAAGAUGUUCCCAGAAGAAACCACAAACCGAAAUAUGGUUCACACCAUCGUGAAAGACCGGGAAAUAAAAAAACGCCCCUUGAAGAUUAUUACGACGAUUACGAAUAUGAAAAUAAAGAAACACCGAAAGCGGUAAAAUCGGAAAAACCGAAAGAAAAGUCAACUACUACAACUACAACUACAACGACAACCACAACCACAACACCCACAACAACAACGACAAGUACUACCACCACCACACGUCCUCCACCUAGCACAACAACAGAGAAAGAAUUACGUCCAGAAUCUAUUAUUAGGAUAGUAAAAAGGCCGUUUUUGCCUAGUCGUGGUGGUAAUCCAUUUGCCUCUCGUGGUCUACAACCUGUGGGGGCAAAAGCAAUAGAAAAAAAGCCUGAACCAAAAGAGGAAGAAACUUCUGAAAGCACUAAACCGGCAUUUAAACCAUCCCCAGUCGUAAUAAAAACACCUCUUCGUCAAAAAUACGUAAGCAACGUCCAAGAAGAAUUUGCUCCAGUUUCAAGUCGACCCCAAACUCCUUCUCGACCAAGUCUUAAGCCUAGUAAAGAAUUUUUAGGACCGCGAACGACUCAAAAACCCAAACUUCCUGAACCUAAUCCUCUGGAUAUAGAAGAUGAAUAUGAUGUCACCUUGAACGACGCGCUAAAUCCUACUUUGCCUAAUAUACCGGUUAGGGGAUUCCCAACUGGAUUUAGUAAUGCAAAUAAUGAAUAUAGUAAUUAUAAUUCGUACCAGAGACCGAGGUAUGUACUUGAAGGUGCGAAUUCGGAUUAUUAUCAAGGCAAGCCAACGAGAGAAAGAUAUGAAGCUGUUCCCUAUAGUACCCCACAAGAACAUUUUGUUAAUUCUGAUGUUGAUUACAAGGGGCAGUACAGUACAAUCAACAGAGUAAAUUUCAGGCCUAGACUCACGCAAGCUCUUUAUAGGAGUUUUUGAUUUUUUAAGCCAUAUUCCAGGUAGACUUAAAAUUCUAUCUUAUAUAUAAUUUUUAUGUAAAUUAGUUUAUGAUUGUGUAAAUUAUGACGAUUAUUAUUUAAGUUAAAUUACAUAAUUACUUUGUAAAAUAUUUGUACGUAUGUAUACCCAAAAAUAAACAUCUAAAAUAAAAACCGAAUUCAAUUUUUAUUAAGUUGCAUUGUACCGGGCGGGGCAUCGGAUACGCGCACUUGAUAAAUC